CAAGGAACAGCAAUUCCUUUAGGCGUUCACCAAACAUAAGAAUUUGUAUAAAGGAUACUAAGGUUACCAGCAUACAAAAGAAAUUGAAUAUGACAACCAUCAUUGGAAGCUUGCAGUCACGACAACUGCUACUUGCUGUGGCAACAGCAACAUUGCUGUCAAUUCUCUGCAACGCUACAGCCACACCGAUGGCGUCGAAGGCCGCAGGGCACGGGCGUACACCGGAAAUGCACACUGGCCAUGCCCACAAAAACAUGGCCCCGGUCUAUGCAAAUCAUGUGGGACAUCAGCAGCAGCAACAACAACAACAGAAAGUCACACAGCAACAAUAUUACGACGUUCAUUACGAACGAAAUAGCAGCAGCGACAGCAAUCAUAACGGCAUUGCUGCGCACACAGGCGCCGAGACGGCAGCGCUAAAUGGAGAUAGAAAAACACAGCGACGCAGUUACAAUGGAUUUAGCGUCAGCGGCGGUGGCAGCGGCAGCGGUGCGGGCGGUGCUGGUGCUGGUGCACAUAAUGACGGUGGCAGCAGUAGUUACAACUUUGGGGCAGCAAAGCUUAAUGGUCUCACAAAUCUCUCGGGUUUGCGGCACAUUAGUAGCGGUUUUGGCGGGGCUGGCGCGACUGGUAGUGCAACUACAAUCACCAUUCCGGCAAAACAACACAUACCAAUUUAUGAAGAACAGCAAGAAAAUGAUUAUGGCACCGCCACAUUGGGUGCAUCCGGCGCAGCAGGACAUGGUGCUGAGGGAAGGAAUCAACACGGCGGCAGCAGCAGCCACGGCUGGAGCAGUAGCGGAAACAGUUAUAAUUCGGGCCGUUCUAGUGGCAAAGAUGCGCUUAGCACCGCGCUAUACAAUUUACACUCAGCUGGUACGCACAAUAUCUUCCUGCCUUCGACCUUCGCUGGCAAAUACUCAUCAUCGGCAGCAGGCACCACAGCAUACGCGGGCACAUCUACCUACCAACAAAGUCAACAGUUGCAACAGCCAAACGAUAAAAUCUCCGAUGGCAAUUUUCUACAACGUUACGGGCAUAAUUCCGGCGGUUACGACGAACUUACAACCUCGGCCACAUACGCACAUGAGCAGCAGCAACAAGCACCCAUGCCAACAGCAAUGCAGUACUUCAUGCCACAUGACAAUUACGCCUCCAUGCAUACGGGCGGCGGGGACUCGGAUAUCUCAUUUGGACACCAUCAUAGCGGCGGCAGUGGUAGCGGCGGUGACGCGGAGAUAGAGGAUGAUGAGUCAGACGGAAAGGGUCCCUCUAUCGAUGACUCCCCUAAUUAUCUAUCCGAACAACAUGAUGAUGCUGGAUCGCAUGUCAUCAACUACAUUCCGUAUAAGGUGGUGAAAAAAGUGCACGUCCCCGUGCGUGAGCCCGUACAAAUACCAAUCUCGCAUGCAAUUGUCGUACCCGUCAACAAGCCAGUACCCAUUCAUAUACCCGUCACUAAGCAUGUACCAGUGCCCGUAGAGAAAGAGUUGAGAGUCCCUGUGGAGCGCGUGGUUCCAUAUCCGGUCGAAAAGCCUGUGCCAGUACCCGUGGAGAAGCGUGUACCAUUUAAGGUAGUUAAAUAUGUACCGGUGCAUGUACCGCAUCCAUUCCCUGUCAAGGUGCCCGUUUUCAAAACCAUCCUGCACAAGGUAAAGGGUGGCAUGUGGUGAGCACACCGUAGUUCGGUUGCACAAUUACCGUCAUACAUACAUACUUAAAUAUGUAUAGAAUUAAAUAUUAUGCAUCAAUCGACAAGACUGUUAUUCCACAUGUUUAAGCAUACAUACAUACAUACAUACAUACAUGGCUAUUUGUUAUAAGUAAUUAGCAAUUUUCGAACGAAAAGAACUAUAUUUAUUAAACGAACAUUAAUCCUGAUAAUUAUUUACAUAUUUA